AUGAUUAGUACUGUAUGUGACUACAGUUUACUGUUCUUGUCUGAAGUAAAUAAACAAGUAGGUGUUCAGGAUUCUAUUGGAUGGAACAGGGGAAAUCGCCUAGGGCGUGGAGCUGAUCGGAACCGUGUCGUGUACAGGAUAUGGGAAGUGGGCACCAAUACCAUGGAGUCGCGGAUGGAUCAGUACGAGAUCAUGGAGCAGAUUGGCCGCGGCGCCUUUGGUGCCGCCAUUCUGGUCAACCACAAGACCGAGAAGAAAAAAUAUGUGCUGAAGAAGAUCCGGCUCGCAAGGCAGACAGAGCGGUGCCGCAAAUCUGCUCAUCAAGAGAUGGAAGCAAAAUUGCAGAUGGCCCUUAUUGCUCGCCUUCAACAUCCUUAUACUGUUGAAUUCAAGGAGGCAUGGGUUGAGAAGGGUUGCUAUGUUUGCAUCGUGACGGGAUACUGCGAAGGUGGCGAUAUGGCUGAACUGAUGAAAAAGGCAAAUGGGACAUACUUCCCGGAAGAGAAACUGCUGAGAUGGUUUGCUCAAUUGGCUCUAGCUGUUGACUACUUGCAUUCAAACUAUGUUUUGCACCGGGACCUCAAGUGCUCAAACAUAUUUCUCACAAAAGAUCAUGACAUCCGUCUUGGGGAUUUUGGCCUUGCUAAGACCUUAAAGGCAGACGAUUUAACAUCUUCGGUUGUUGGAACACCAAAUUACAUGUGCCCAGAGCUUCUUACCGACAUUCCUUAUGGAUUCAAGUCAGACAUAUGGUCUCUUGGAUGUUGUAUGUAUGAGAUGGCUGCUCAUCGACCUGCUUUCAAGGCUUUUGAUAUGGCUGGACUGAUAAGCAAAAUAAAUCGCUCCUCCAUUGGCCCUAUACCUACUUGCUACUCUCCAUCUAUGAAAACGCUUAUCAAAAGCAUGUUGAGGAAGAAUCCUGAACACCGGCCUACUGCAUCUGAUAUUCUGAAAAAUCCAUAUCUGCAACCUUAUGUUGAUCAGCACCGCGCGUUUACUGCUGUACCGCAUCCCAUGCGAUCACCAGGGAAAUCCAUUACCAGUUCACGGAGCAGUCGGAGGAGCAUGUCUGGGAGCCAAUGUAGCAGCAUUUCUGGCACUGGCAGUGAUUUGGACAGUAUACAAUCAAGUGAAAGAAACACAUCAGGGCUAGCUACAAGUUCCAACAACACCACCAUUGGUACUGAAGGUGCUGAAGCUACUGAUGAUGCGUCAGUUAAAACAUGUUCAACACCACGUGAUCUUAAAAGCCAUAAGGACAUUGAUAGUCCUGAACUGGAGAGACAAGACUCACCUAAAUCCAUACAUGUUGAUCAGCGUCCCAAAUACGGGAGUAAGCAGCCAAAAAUCAUCAAGAAGAUACUAACAACCCUAAGAGAGGAGACUAAUAAGCUCAGGGUAAACAAUUCACCUUUGAGAGCUAGCCGUGUAAAGCUACAUUCACCUAGUCACAGAGAGCUCUUGUCUGAUGAUUCAGAGCAUAACAGUGUUUCCUCCAGUGUAAAAUCUAGUGAAGUGACACCAUAUGCACCAGCAAAGUCGCCAAUUGUUGAACAUUCUCCAAAAGUUAAGAUCAAAGCGGAUGAGCCGCAGCAGCUAGACCCUACCAAGCAGACAAUUGAAGAUGUUGAUGCCGCUGAAGGGAAGGUCAAGAAUAGGGUUCUACCCAGUUUUAGUAGACGCCCUAGCUUCCCUCCCCGUAGGCCAGUGGGAGCAGAGAGUCCACAGCACACUGGGACAAAACGAGCUCACAGUAAGGUUACCACAGAGCAUGCAAAAAGCCCUUCUCGAUCUGUCCAUAGUCCAAAAAAUGCUUUCACUGAGCUUCCAGGUGUUCUAAUGGCUCCUCCAAGUCCCCUGGGUGGUAAUCAAAUGAAAUUGGGCAAUUCACAGGUGAAAUGUGCUCCACCCAGUGAUAUAGCAACCAAAGAAGUCAGUAGUGUUUGCUCCAGUUCCAAGAUUGAUUACGCUGACAGCAUCAAGCAGUCUGAACCAUCUGAACCUGAUUCAUUAACCCACUUGGAUUCAUCUUGCAAAUGCCCAACCCUGGACACUGCCAUACAAAAGCAUGAUCAAACUGAUAUACCAAGCUCAGAGCUCAACACCACCAAUUUGCAGAAGAGUAUGGCUAGUAAUGAUGAUAGUAGUGUAAGCUCAGCCUUGGACCCAUCUGUUGAUACAAAUGUGCAAGAAUUUAUUUGCAAGGAUGAUAUUCCCUGCAGUAAGACGGUGCAGAGCACUCCCACUAUCACUGUACAGAGUGAGGAGGAUAAGUUCACAGUACAAGAACUGCUCUCAUCAGUACCAUAUAUUGCUCCUGAUGAUUCAGCAACAAAAACCAUUGCACUAGACAAAGGAUCCAAUUCUAUCCACCAGUUAUCAGAGAAAUCACCAGUUCCUCAUUUGGGCCCUCCAGUUGAGGACAUUAUACAUGUCAUAAGGCCCGGCAGUUUCAGCGUCAGCGAUGAGCAGGCAGUAACAGGUAGUGCUGAAAUGGAAGCCCAAAGCACAGAUGUUGGCGAACUUUGCGAUGUCAUAAAAGAAGAAGUGGAUGUCAGAAGCAUCACACCAAGUCUUAUACCUUCCGGACUUGUUGGUUCUGCCGCCGUGAAGCCCAACAUUUCAGAAGAUAAUACUAUCAGCCCGAAGCUGGCCAAUUCAGAUGUUGUAAAAUUGCCCGCUAUCCCAGAAGUAAAUUCUGCUUCUCUGGAGACCCCAGCAAAGGAAAUACUGGCAACCUCAGCAAAGGAAAUGCUUGAUGUCAAGUCCUUUAGGCAACGAUCCGAGGCUCUUGAAGGGCUCUUGGAGCUUUCUGCUGAUCUGCUGGAAAACAACAGGCUGGAGGAGCUUGCGGUGGUUCUGAGGCCAUUCGGGAAGGCGAAGGUGUCCCCGCGAGAAACGGCUAUCUGGCUGGCCAGAAGUUUUCAAGGGAUGAUGAAUGAUGAAGCGAGUCGCAGCUCAACAUGA